AUGAAGAAAAGUCCAGAGGCAGCUGAUGUCACAUCAAAAGCUGAUGAAACUCUCCAGUUUGAUGAUGACAAUUUAAAAGGUGAGGAAAAGCCAUAAAUCAAGGACGAAAAAUUGCAUUCAGCAAUACGAUGAAGCCCUUAUCAAUUCUACAAAAAACAUUUUGUCGGGAUUUAAACCACCGUGUUUUUUACACGGGCAACCCCUGCUGACAGUAGACCAGACGAGAGCCAAUAUUACGCAAAGUUUAUUUCUAAAUUUAAAGAAAUUAAAAAUUUCGCAGACAUAAUUAUAUAUUACUUCAUUGCAGCAAUUGCAGACGUUUACAAGAAUGAAGGUAACGAUGAGUACAACAAGAAGAAUUUCAGCAGCGCCAUUAACUACUACACAGAGGGCAUUAAAGUUAACUGCAAGGAUAAAGAACUGAACGCCAAACUGUACAGCAACAGGGCGGCAGCACUUUUUAAUUUGGGUAAGAAGUUGCUAUUGGUUGCCUUAAACAUCUUUCUGAGACUUUUUUAUGUGGGGGUUUUGUAGUCGGCGAUGAUUUAAUGCUAAGUAAGUCAGCUAUAGGAGAUAUCACGUGGUUAUGUUUGCAAACACUGUUUUUGAUAUACUAAUGUGUAACGAGUGAAACUCCUGGUUGGCACAUAAAUAUCAAUAGGUAAUAUAGAACGUUUUCACUCACGUGGCCAACAUCCAUCAUGCACCUAUGCAAAUUUAUUGGAACAAAAGAAAGCGUUUUUUAAUACAUAAGAAAAGAGUCCAGCUACCACAGGAUUUGUUUGGGACACCAACAUGGCUGCUGUUUCAUUGUUUUGGAACGCAAAUAUGGCCACCGUGACGACAUGUGAAAACGCUCUUUCAAUUAUGUAUACAUACGCACUUGGAUAGGGCAAAAUUCGAAAAAAAAAGUGUUCUCCAGAGUAACGUUACAUGAUCUGAAAUGGGAAAACAUGAUACAAACUAAAAAGAUGUGUUACUUCUUCAUCUUCAUGCUAUGCUCUGUGUUUCGGGUGUGUAACGUUUUUGAAUGCAUUAUCUCUUUCGCAGGGAGUUACACCGAAGCACUGAAUGAUGCAAAAAUGGCCGUGGAAUUGCAACCAUCUUUUCUAAAAGCUUUUGUGCGGGGUAGGUUAACCUUGCAUAUACACUUCGACAACAUUUUUUUCCCGAAGAAAAUCAGCCGGUGCGUGAAUAUUUGAAAACUUUCCUUGCGUUAACUGACAGUCUGUCGUUUAAUAUAACACAUAUAGAUCAAUUUAUCGUUGCUUUCUUAGCCCAAAGGCAUUGUAGUUGAGCAUUUGUUUUUUCUUUUUCAGGUGCAAGUGCUUGCGUUCAGUUGGAUAAAUUUAACGAAGCCAUUAGGUGGUGUGAUAAGGGAUUAGCAGUAUCCUUUUUUAGAGUUAAGGAUCGAAUUGUUCGAAGGGCGAUCAUGAUCACCCGUUAUAUUAGUUACCAUCACUACUCAAAUGCUCUGUUUACAUUUAACCCUGGAUUAAAGCUAAUAAGAAUUCGACUUUUAAAUAAUGCUGUUUCAGGUAAAAGUCUUUUUCCCGUACCCGAUCUAACUUGGUGCUGCUUUUUCUAGUUCAUGAGUAUGUUUCCAAUCAAAUAGACAAAACUGCCGGUAUAUCCACUCUUCACAAUUCUACAAAAUAGCAAUCUUAAUUGAAUAUUAGUCUUUGCUGUACAGUAAGUUCUCUCAAUGCACUAAACGUAGCCUUGUAAUAUUCUUGUUUAUAUCAAAUAAUUAACAUUUUAACUACUACAAGACUGACCCAAAGAACCGAAAGUUGUUGGAAUUACGGAAAAGGGCUGCGAGAGGACAAAAUAGGCUGAAAGACAAUCUUGGAGAAAAGGUAAGGGUGAGAAAAUGCUUUAAUUACGUACCAGUGGAGGCUCAGUGCUAUUGAAUGUGCCAAAUUGAAGGAGCUCGUAGUUCGCUAAACAAAAGAAUGCAAAGCAGACACCUAUAGUUGCUCUCUUAGCCUAGCUGUACAAAGAAUUAACGUAAAAUCAAACUCCGUCGUUCACCCUCACAUAAUUAAAGAACCCUUACAAAUUCUAAGUUUGUUAUUUUCAAUCAACUUUGGGAUUUGUAAAUAAGCAGCCCAUGUCAAUACGGUAGGCAUACAUAUAUAACGCUCGGGUGCGUAUAUCAUUCUUAGUUUAAAUGCAAUUCAAGAGAAAUUUUUUUUUUUUGAAAUGUGUAUAUUUGCUCAAGAAAUGAAAUUUGAAUUUCCCAGUUUCCAACUCCAUUGUGCUGAGAGCAAAAAAAUGGUGGGGCACUGAUCUCCACAUUUUGACACCUUCUGUCAUCUAUAACUGAACAAACCCGGGAAACAGGCAAAAAGAAAUCUGUUUGUUGGUGAUGGAAAGACCAGCUUGUAAGCAGAGCCUCCUUUGUCUUCUACCUGGUCGAGGAGAGGAAAAGGAGGAUUUGCCGGAAUAGCGUCGAGCCUUUGAAGUCGCCGCAGCCCAACUUUUCGACUAGCCAACCUUGUUUUCUCUCGUCAAACUGGCUUGUUUGAAUGUGAGCAUCCGUUCAUUGAUAAAUCGAUGGUCGUAACUGAUCCCACAAUAACAAGCGCACGGCUAUUAGUCCUGGGCUCGAAAAUGUAUCUUAGCAACAUUCAGGGCACGCUCAACAAAGAUCAUACUCGAUNAUGUAUGUCAUGACCUCUCAGUGUGAAACAUGCGGCUAAAAUCACAUUAACUCAGUAAAAUGCAGAACCUUCCAGAGCAUAAUCUACCCAGCAGAUAAAAACAACUUUAUUGGAAUAAGCAUUUUGGCAUGAGCUAAAAGUCGUGUAGGCCUACCACCCCCUUUUAAUCGCAUCCAUUCAAUCUCAAAGCUCGAUUCAUGCUAGGGUGCGAACUAGAAAUCAUUACAGUUGUGUAAAAUUUCCAGUGGAUUUCAGUAGUAAGCUUAUAAAAAUCUAAAUCCCUUGUAGCUACACAAAUACUCUUUAGAAGCAGCAAAAACAAGUUAGAGCUUUCUGCUUUUUUCCUGUCCAUGUCUCGACCGUGUGCGAUUCGUCCACCACAAUAGCCGAGAUGUUUCGAUGUAACUUCGAUUUGGAGUCCAUCAACAUUGCUCCGAAGGGCUUCUCUUUGACUUUUUAGGCGGUUGCAAACACAAUUUUGAAGUUAAAUCGGCGAAUGUCAUCGUUCGAUAAAUUGGCUAAAUCUUUCGCUGGGUAGCCCAACAAUUCCAUCUCCUGCAACUGGUCUUCUUUUCAGUGGCGAAAUGACGAGAAUCGCCGCAUUACCAUUUAGCUCGUAGUUCUUCGCGCGUACAAACAUUUGGUAAAUUAAACUCUUGCCGUAUCCGGUCGGCAAAACCGCCAGGACAUCUCUGUCGGCUAAAAGAGCCCUUACUGCUGAUUCUUUCUCUGGUUUUAAAACAAUUUCUCUACCACUGGAUAAAUUCACAUCCCUCAAAGCACUCUCUACGACAUCCACGUCUACGGCUGCCAUCUCGACUGUUUGUUGAAAUGUGAAACGCGCAUUUCAAUAUGUUACUCAUUACCGCUCAGCCAAUCAGGAAUUUGCGGACGCCAGCGUCCGCAGAUAUGAACAAAAGGGGGUUCUUAGAGCAGGCGUCCCCUCCCCCUCUCCCCAAUCCCCCUCCUCUUUUUCCCUUCCUCCCUAUCCCCUAUCCCCUACCCCUUUCGACGCCUGCUACGCAGGCUAAGGUUGAUAAUACUGGUUAAAUACCGUGCGAGCAGAUGUUUCUCCUUUCAUGAAGUCGUUCGAGUCGCUUGUCAGUCGCGUAGUUGUUUCAUUUUAUACGCCCCGGGUUUAAAGCAGUGCAACAAUAUCUCAAAUGCAAUGUGUUUUCUUUCAUCAAAAACUCUAAUUCCACAGUUCACAGUUACCAAUAUUCCCUUCAUGUUACCACUAAAAUAAUUGGUCGUUUCAGGGCUACCAGCCAACCCAUUCAAAUCCUCUUGUGAUCGAACUCAAAGAAUAGGCUCUGUGGCUGGAAUCAACAAAUAAUAUGCUACAAGUCGGUGAUUAAACUUAGGAUGAUCACAUGAGGACACCAAUCUAACAUGACCUAAAGUGAGAUAUUUUCUGAAUUUUGCUAAAUGUCUUUAAGCUCUGUUGUUGAUUUCUUCUCUCUUUCAGCAAUUUAGAAAAUUAUUGCCCCUGCAUCCAUUAAGACACCUUUUAGUCGAAAAAGGGUAGAAAUAGGUAGAAAUUUGAAAUUGAACAAAACUACAAAGCUACAUGAGACGUGUUCAUACGUUUUACGCGUUUUUUUCACAGUAUCCUCGCACGAAGGAUGACAAUUUUGGCAUCACCCUUCAUGGCGGACCGAUAAGUUUGAAAACAACCACAGAGUACCAUGAAAGUGACCUGAAAAUUGCUCAGGAAAUGAAUCAUAGAUGGAAGGAAGGAGCUACGUAUUCCAAUCUUGGCACCACCCACCACAGUCUAGGAGAUUUCAAGAAGGCCAUACACUACCAUCAACGGCACCUAAAGAUUGCGGAAGAACUGGGCGACAGAUGGGGAGAGCAGGUGGCAUAUUGCAAUCUUGGCCACGCCCAUCACUGUUUAGGAGAUUUUAAAACAACCAUAGAGUACCUUGACUGUAGUCUGAAAAUUGCGAAAGCCUUGGGUUACAGAUUGGGAGAAGCAGGAGCGUACGGCAAUCUUGGCAUGACCCAUCAGAGUCUGGGGAAUUUUAAAACAGCCAUAGACUACCAUGAACGUCACCUGAAAAUUGCGAAAGACCUGGGUGACAAAUCUGGAGAAGGAAGAGCGUAUGGCAAUCUUGGCAUCGGCCAUCGCAGCCUGGGAGAUUUUAAAACAGCCAUAGACUACUAUGAUAGUCAUCUUAAAAUUGCAAAAGAAAUGGGUGACCAAUCGGGAGAAGGAGCAGCGUAUGCAAAUCUUGGCAUCGCUCAUCGCUGUCUAGGAGAUUUUAAGAAAACUAUAGACUACCACGAACGCGACCUGAAAAUUGCGAAAGAGUUGUGUGACAGACUGGCAGAAGGAAGAGCGUAUGCCAAUCUUGGCAACGCCCAUCUUAGUCUGGGAGAUUUUGAAACAGCCUUAUCUUACCAUGAAAGGCAUUUGAAAAUUGCGAAAGAAUUGGAGAACCGAUCAGGAGAAGGGACAGCCUAUAGCAAUAUUGGCAACUCUUAUAGAGGUCUGGGAGAUUAUAAGACAGCCAUAGACUACUACGAGCGUGACCUGAAAAUUGCUAAAGAAUUGGGUAACAAAUCUGGAGAAGAAAGAGCGUGUGGCAAUCUUGGUAGCGCCCAUAGUAGUCUAGGAGAUUUGGAAACAGCCGUAAACUUUCAUGAACGUUUCCUAAAAAUUGCUAAAGAAUUGGGUGACAGAUCGGGAGAGGGAGCGGCUUAUGGGAGUCUUGGUAACGACAUUCUCAGCCUUGGAGAUUUUAAAACAGCCAAAGAAUACUUUGAACGUCAACGGCAGAUUUCAAGAGAAUCGGGUGAGACAUUGGGAGAGGGAAUAGCGUGUUGGAAUCUUGGUUACUAUUAUGAAUGUCUAGGCCAACUUUCAUUGGCUAUUGAGUAUUACCAACUUAGUGUUACUUUGGUAAAUAAUAUCAGAGAUCGUCUUCAACUGAACGACGAGUGA